GUAAAGUUUUAAAUGUGUCUCCAUCAAUGAAAAAAAUCUAAGUAAAAUUUACAAGCUAACUUAUCGUGUCUGCUAAAUUGCUACAAAUCUCGCGAUAGGAGACAAAAGUAAAGCAUGGACGAACGUGAAAUCUGAAUAAAUCGACACUAACCUUCAAUUAUAUCAAUGCUACUGGAAGUUGGUUCUUCAAAACAAAAAUAGCAAAUUUAUUGAUCCCCUUGGUUGUAUUUUGAUUGAUGUGAUGAAAAAUGUUAAGUUUUUGCCACCAACUAAGUUCAAUUUGUCCCCUGACAGUUAAGUUAAAUCUUAAAGGCAAACCGAGAUACCUUCCGAAAGACGUAAAAAUCCGUAUAAACAAAUCAAUAGUAGGCCUAGGACUUUAAAUUUCCUUCGAGUGAACAGUCACAAUAUCCAUCUUAGGACGAUUAACACUCCCCACUUUUGUGCAAUAUGUGAAGCCAAAAUAUCCGAAAGUAAGCGCUAAUAUCAAGUUAUUGACGACGAUUCGAAUCUUGGAACCAAAAUGAACGAAACAGACCAAUGUGUACAACGAACAUCAUCGCCGACCUUGCAAGUUCCACCACCUUCGACAUCGUCAUCUGAGGACAAUUUGAAUGGAAUAGGUGUUCCUGACCAAGCAGAUUUCAAUCAAUGGCUGCAUGCCAUGAAAAUGGUCGCCCAAUUACCAGGCGGUAUACCAUCGGAGUUCAGGCGAAAACUCUGGCUCACUUUAUCAAAGCGUUAUGUUCAAGAAAAUGGAAUAAACUGGGACGAAAUUGCUGAAACCUAUCUUACAGAUCAAUGGGAUGCAGAUGACGAAGAAUUGGGUAUCCAAAUUGUAAAGGACCUCCAUCGAACGGGAUUCAGCCUGUGCUCGGGACCAUCAGGGACAACCAAUCAGGCAAAGCUGAAGCGGGUUCUUCUUGGUUACUCCCGAUUUAAUCCCGAAGUUGGUUACUGUCAAGGUUUUAACAUGCUCGGUGCGCUAAUCCUGCAGGUGAUGGAUAAAAACGAGAUCGAUUCCAUACGGGUGAUGAUACUGUUGAUCGAAGGAUUGCUGCCAGCGGGAUAUUUCUGCGGUUCACUUGGGGGGCUGCAAACCGAUAUGGCAGUCUUUCGAGAUCUUUUGGGAACAAAACUUCCAGUAUUAGCACAGCAUCUACACAAAAUACAAGGCCCCGAGGCAGCAUUCGAGCCUCCAUUAACUAAUGUGUUUACUAUGCAAUGGUUCCUUACUAUUUUCUGCACAUGUUUGCCUUUAACGUCGGUUUUACGAAUUUGGGAUUUGAUCUUGAUUGAAGGAAGUGACAUUCUAUUGCGUACAGCCCUUGCCAUAUGGGGACUUCUUGAACAAAAAAUUCUCACAACCAAAAACGCUGAUGAAUUCUAUUGUAAAAUGGAAACACUUUCGGCGGAAUUGGUGAAUGGGAACCUCGUAGAUUGUGAUAAUCUGAUUCAACGGAUUGUAAAAGUUGGACCCAUCACGAGCCUUCAACAGCUGAGGGAUAAGCAUAAACAAAAUAUAACGCAAAUCAAAGAAGCCUCCAAUAUAAAAAUAUUUUAUUCCGAUGACGAUGGUGAAUCCGAUGAAGAUUCUCGUCUUGCUGUUACUGCUACAGCUUGGGGCCUAAGAUCUGAACGCAGAUCAUCACUUAAUAUCCCGACAAACGUCAAAAGUUUAAGUGAAGAAAGGGAUAAGGUCAAUAUAGAUAUUUCGCUUUUGAAGAAGCAAUACGAUAAACUAAAAGAACGACAAAGGCAAGCACACAUAAUAAUAACAGCUGCUGUGGCUAGACAACCUGUCAUACCUGUUCAGAACAGCUCGGUGCAACUCAACAAACUACUCAUUGGGAAGAAUGCACUAUUGAGCAACAAAGGCAAACGUUUAGGACCACCGAUCGGGGCAGUUCCUCCUGUGAGGAUAUCGAAAGGAAGCAAGCAAUCCAAAUCUUGCACUAUCAAGUCCCCGAAGCCAGCGGACACUAUAUUCUGGAACGACUUGGACGGACAUAAAACACAGAGCAGUAAAAAGCAACAAGAAGGCCAAAAAACUGAACUGAAGGAAGCCACCAGCGGGGACCACGGGAAAUUGAACAGAUCAUCAAGUGCGUCAUCAAUGACGAGCAACGUUUCGGAAACUGCAACCACAUCUAAAGCUUUUAAACGACGCAGUGAGUCAUCCUCCUACAGUGACGAAUCUGACGAAGAAUCAAGUUCUAGCACUUCGCUUUGCGACGAUGAAAAUCAGGCUCAGAGUAUUUCUUCCUUGGAAGCAUCUCCAAUGAAAAAACGCCUAACGCCUGAUAAUAUCAAAGAAGUGCCUGAAGAGCAGAUUGGAGUUGAGCACGAUACGGAAACAUUUAACUAUUUUCAAUUCGAUGCGUUAGUUGAUACUAGUUCUAUAGGUAGAAAAAAUCUUUCUCCUCUUUAUGAGGAUAUUACCUUUGAGGAAAAAUCUAACAGUAAUUGUCAGGUUGAUGUAGCGAAACAAUAUUCUGAUGAAAAUACGGAUAAUUUGAUUUCGUUUAGUGAAAAUAUUAGCUCUAUAAAUCUAAAAGUUGCAGCACAAUCAGAGACUGUUGAUAAAAUAGGCGAUCAUACGAUAAGUCCACUGAAUUUUUAUUUAAACGAUAUUCCAGGAAUAAUGAAGAACGUUCAUUCAGAAGAUCCGGAUAGUUCAUCAACAUUCGAAGUAAAUGAAGAAGAGGGGGUAACUAAUCAACUGUUCGAAAGAAUAAAUGCUGCCCAGAGGCCUAAUUAUUUAAAUUUGAAUGUUAUGAAAGAGCUCGAAAUAAGCUCGAGUUGUAUUAAAAGUACUGCCGAGAAUUUGAGCGAGAAGGAAUCAGUUUUAAACGAUUACAUUAUUCCCAGUGAAACAUCGCUGGAUUUUAGUUUUCGACGAAAGAAAGAGGAGAAGAAUACUUUCUCCCUAUCACCUAGUAUGGAAACUGUACAAUCCGAAAAUUUACUAGUAGAAACCGCAUUGAAAAAGGAUAUGCAAAAUGAUCUCUAUAACAUUCCAUUGAACUGUGUUUCCGGUAGCUUAGAUAGUUCCUUGGUAAGCAAUAUCAAGUUUAUGAAGGAAAAAUCUUUUUCUAUGGAUGAACCGUUGAAAACUGAUGAAUUAUUUUUCGACGAUAUAUCCAAGCGAUCGUCAUCUGAAGGGUUUGUUUCAGUCGAAGUGAAUGCUGAUAAGAAUAGCAAAAUGUCAGAAAUUAUUAAAGAAAAUUCGUUGAUACUAGGUCGUUUGGUGAAGAAAUCGAACAAUGAUCGUGAUGAAAAUGUAUCUGUUAAAUUGCCGGAGAUUCAGAAAGAGGAUAAGAAAUCAAAUGUAGUUAAACCUCAUCAGGAGGUGAGCGAUCUUUCAGCAGAACCAAAAAUACAAAUCGAAUCGGAUCAAACGACUGCUACGAAAGAAGUUGAACGGGAAACUUUUUACUUAGAUACAGCCAUCCUAACAAGUGAUUUGAAAUUGGACGAAGAUGGUGAUCAUCCGAAUCAAACUGUUUCAAAGACUGAUCUUCUUAUAAAACGUACCGAGGAACAGUUGGCACGAUUCAACAAUGAAGAAUCGGCGAGUUUCUUCUCUAGUCAAUACAUUUUAGAAUCUGUCUCUUCGCCUGAGCAUGAAAAGCAGAUAGAUGGCACACGGUUUUUGGAAGAAAAGUUGGAAGCAACUGUACCAAGUUUGGAUGCCGUUAAGACGUUUCAAUCCGAAGAUAGGCUGGAUCAGUCAAAUCAAUUGUUAGAAAAAGUAACAUGCAAUUCAGAAAUUCAAAUCUCCGAGACAAACUUCGCUGAAAUUGAUAAGGAUUGCUUCAUAAAGCAAAACGAAAGUAUGUCAACUAAAACUGAUGAGCUUAUAAAGAAAACGGAAGAACAACUGGCCAGAUUUGAGAACUCCGAUAGAAAGGAAUUGGAGAAGCUCGAAACAAGGUUGUCUUUAAUCGAGUUCAAGUUUGAUCAUAACAAUACCGACGAAUUACUGAAUGUAAGUAGUCAGCAAAGGAUCCUCAACAGAACAGAAGAAGUUAUCAAAAAAUCCCAGGAACAAAUUUCUCGCAUCAAAAUUGACUCAGUCAGUAUAUCGAAAAAUUUUAGCUGCAGCUCUUUAAGUGAGACAUACAGUACAAAAGUGACGAUGCCCGUUACUUUUUCAUCGAAAACGGAAGAUAUAAUUAAGAAAACCGAUGAACAGUUGGCAAAGUUCAAAAAAGUAGCUAGAAUAAAUGCAGAAAAACGCAAAAGUCGGCAUGAAAUAGAGGAACUUUUGCAGACCAAGAAUGAAUCGCCAACCUUUGCCAGUAAUCAUUCUAAUGAAAAUUUUAUGACUGUUCAUGGUAACGAUUUAAAAAAAAGCACAGAAGAGCCUGGAUACUUUAAAAUUGGCGAAAAAAUGCAAGCUUCAAAAACAGAUGAGAUAAUUAAAAAAAUUGGAGAUGGAAAAAUUAAACUUGGGGAUGACUAUAUAACAACAAUAAAAACGAUAGAUUACCUCAAACAAUCGAAUGCGAAUCUGUCAGCCACAUUGUCGUCUAUAGAAAACUCUAUAAAGACAAUCGACUGCCUUUGUGAUCACGACUCUGACAUUCAAUCGAACAGAAUCAACAAUACGAUUGAGAAUUUGGAAAAGUCUUUAAAACAAUUCGAUAACGCUUCCUUGAACCUACCACCACUGGUAAUGGUACAUGACUUUUCGAACUCACACUGCGAUCAGCGCUGUAGACCAUCCACAUGCAAUAGGCCUAGUAGAUCGCGAAAGCGUAAAGAGUACUCGCCAAAAAGGAAGAAAGAGAAGGAUCGCAACGACAAGAAUCGAAGUUUGAGUUUACGUUUGAUGAAAGACGAAAAGUCCCCGGACAGUUAUCUCAGUGAUCACGAGUCACAGAAAUCCUACACAUUCCACUCAUUUUACAGCACAUCGCCACCAAAUACACCUCGUGUCGUGUCCCCGGUAGGAAAACGAUCAACCAACACUUUACAAAACACUCAACUGCACGAACCGAAGCAACCGAUCAGCUUCAAAUCGUUGGAAUCUCCCUUAUCGCCGAUCAUCAAUAGAUCGUAUUUAGAAUCACUUAGACCGGCCAUUCCGAUAUCAUCGACGCAGCGUAUAUCACGAUCGGCAGAAAACUCUCCGCCAUGUUAUUCACCACAAAUUUUCAAGUUUCCUACGUCCGAUUCCAGUUCGAAACAUGCUUUCCCUAGUUUAAGUCUCUCGGGCAGCCAAAAGAGUGAGAAAAAUCACGUGAAGAGUUGUGAAAAUAUACUAAUGAGGAUCGACUGCAAGAACAUUACGGCUUUAGCAUCCAGUUUUCCCGUUUCUAGCGGUCUUACACCUUCGAUGAACGUAUGUAAAAGGUUCGAAAUCGAAGAACGUAGCACUUCAAGUUUUGAGGUAUGCCAAACGCAACGGUUAAAUUGAAAUAAUUUUAAAAUAAAUCUGAAACAUGUAACAACACAUAAGUGCUGCUUCCAUAUGAGGUGUAUGCUCAAGUAUUCUUCGAGAUCUUUCGACAUUUUGAACAGAACAAAAAUAUUGAUGCAGUUGAAAACGGAAUAGAUACUGCUAUAAUUAGUUCCAAACUACAUACGCAGUUUACCGCUUUUUUUAAAUAAGUAAACUAAUGAUCACUUUUCAUGUGAAAUUGGGCGCUCAAUCUGAAAAUUAUUAUUAUUAUUAUAAUUUAUUAGAGACCUUUUAACCACCCGGGUUAUUCGGGUCUGUCAAUCUGAAAAUGAAAUUCAAAAAAAUCUCAAAAUAACAAUUUUUAAGUUAUGCUUCAAAUAUAAAUUUUUGAAAACAUAAAAAAGUACUUAUACUUACAGAUUCAAACUGUAUAAUAUUAAUUUGAAAUUUCUUUUCUACAUUCAUAUUAAAGUUGAAUGAAUUGGCUAUCGAUCAUCAGAACUUCAUUUUAGCGUAUGAUCAACAUUAUUGUUGAUAUUAGUGAGUUUGUGAUAGAAAAAUUGGUAAAAACACAUUUUUUUAAGAAAAUUUUGUUUCAUCCACAGUUUAAGAAUCAAUGACAUUUUAAAAAUCUGUUUUCAAUUGGUCUUAAAUGUCAUUUCAAACAAAGAUUUCAAGUGAUUAUUUAUCAACAUCGGUUGAAAAUUGAAGAAGUUAUGGUUACCCUCCUAUAAAGGUUAUCUUAUAUUUCAUCUUAAAUCUGGACGCAUUAAAACGGGUCUAUCUCGAAGAUUUGUAAACGAAAUGAAAAUGUUGUGUACUCAAAAUGUAGGUUUUUUAUUUCACUUUUUAGGAAACAUAACAAAAAAAUAUUCUGAUUUGGUUUUGAUGAAUUCGGCGAAUAACACUUAUCAUAGUUUGGACACCCUGUUCGUUGACCUCAGCGGCCAUUUUGUUCCACCAUCUCUUCAUCUCUGUUUCAUUCCGAGUCGUCCUAUCUUUCUUCUUCAUCUUCUGCUUGACAAUUGUCCAAUAUAUUUCGAUCGGGCGGAAUCGAGGGCAGUUUGGUGGGUUGAUGUCCUUAUCAACAAAUUCCAUCCCGUUGUUUCGAUACCACUCUAGUACGUCUUUGCUGUAGUGGGAGCUUGCCAAAUCUGGCCAAAACUUUACUAAUCCUAAUCUAAUGAACGGAAGAAAACAUUUUAUCAGGCACUCCUCCUUGCCCAUUUUGAAGUUCAUGGUCUUGUUUGUCACAAAAAUCGAAGUUUUUCGUCCGCAGCUGAAAAUACCUUGCUUAAUCAAAAACUUUCUUGCAAACUUAUCCGCAAAAACGAAUUUGAACUUGCCGGGGACCUCACCCCGUCCAGUAGCUGUAUAAAAUUUUUGUCCAGGAAGCUGCCCAAGAAAAUGUUCAAUUCGCACAUUAUGUGAUAGUGUGAAAGAUCUUGUAACAAAUAGUUUCAAGCACCGCAAGACUUUAGCAACAACUGAUUGGAUUGUUUUAGAGAACCAUAAGUUGAGAUGGAAGGAAUAUACGUUGGAUCGGGAGGACCAACAUGAAUAGUGUUCUGAUGAUUCGCUUUAUGAAUUUACGAUGGAUCGGGAAGACCAGAGUUAUCGUUUUCCAUGUUUGUGUAGGGGGGAGAGGUGUAGCCGAUAAUGGUGAGCACCAUACUCUGUUGGCCAGGGUUGCCAACAUUGCCAACAACAGAGGGAAUCUUUCGAUCGCUUUGAUUCAGCCACAUUUUCACUUUUUCACUCCCAGCAAACAUUUGUAUAGGGUAAAUGAUCUUGAGCGGAACUAGUCGAAAUCUGAUCUUGAGCGGAACCAUUUAUUUUUCCUAAAAUAUAGGCGAUGAUUGUUUAUGAAGCUUAUCAAAAUGUUGAAAAAACACUUUUUCAAAAUCUUUUCAAACAAGCAUUCACAUUUUUGCUAAAGUUUAUUAACUGAAAUAAUGUUAUUAGAAGAUUUAAAAACAUACGCAUUUCUGCUGCAAUUUUCAUCAAUCUACGCUGACUUUGAACGUCAAUUUAUGUAACCCUUGGCCGUUAUAAACUGAUUCUUAAUGACUAAAAUGGUAGAAAAAUUCUUAAAGAAGCAUUAUUCCAGUUUUAGUAACAAGUUUUCUAUCAAAAUAUCAAUAAAUCGCGUAGUUUUUAAAAGUAAAAUAUGAUCUUCAGUGGAACCAUCUUUGAUCUUGAGCGGAACUACUAGCUUCCGAAAUAAACCGCUAGGUGCGCUGUCUUAUGCCUAAUGUCUCACACGUGAUUUUUACCCCUGAAUAUAUGCAGCACCUUUGUAUUUUCCUUAUUAUAUCAGCUUUAGGGAAAGAGAAGAUGUAUAAUUAAAUUCGAAUAGAACAAAAAUUAAUUAAUUGGUGUCAUAGCGUACCAAGCUAGGCACACAAAAAGUUUAAAUUUUUGGGGUACAAGAAAUGUGUUUUUGAUUCUUUCUUUCAGAUGGUCGACGGGAAGGAGGAGGAAGGCUUUCAUACAUAUUUUUGGCAUAAUUCGAGAACUAAUGAAGCCAAUAAAGUUAAGUCAUUAUUUCAGAAUAAGAAUCAAUCUUCAUUGCCAUUACUAUUCGUACUUUAAGAAGUAGCUUUCAUUUGAAGAGGUUGUUUUAUAUGUUCAAAUUCCAAUUUAAAACGAUAUUCUACCUAAUAAACAAAAAUUUAAAUUGUUUUUAAUACACAUUCCUUCAGUUUUACAAAGUGUAGCAAAGCACACCGGGUUACCUAUUUUAUAAUACUCCACGAUUCAAUUGGUGGCCCGGUAUUUAAACUCUAUCCAAUUUCCUUGUGCUUGAUUUUACACUUGAGCUCGAACUGGAAGUCGGUUUGAGAAAUGAUUGUUUUAUCAAUUGAGCUAAACAAUUAAUGUUUCCAUAAAUUUUAAAUAUAAAUAAAUUUAAUCUAGAUUCAUAAGAAACUGGAAUUUAUAAAAAACUUUAUUCUUUGAAUGAGUUGCUUAGAGCAAGAUUGCCGAAAUCACAGAAAAAUCUGUUUUUCACAAAAUUUUGAGGAAACUUUCAUCACAGAUUUCACAGAAUUUUUUAACUUUGAUCGGAUUUCCAUAAUUAUAAUUUUUUUUGGUCAAUAUUAAAUUUAGUUUUCUUACUUUGAAUAAGAAAGGUAUGAAAAGAUUCUCAACGUAAACUGAUUUUUCCCAACUAAAAUUUAAAAAUGAUCCAUUUUAUCAUGAAUUUCCAAUGUAAUUAAAGGAUUUAAGGGAAUGAGAAAUGACAAAAAAUCUGUUUUUUUCUCAAAAACAUUGAUUUAGAACAAUGUACAGUUUUUUUUGCAAAAUCUGUAAUUGAAGGCAUCUUCUUAUGUAUUUCUGACUCUGUUGUUACCUUCAAAAGUCGUUCGGGUCAAUAUGACCCGUAGCGCAGAUUCAAAGCAUCUUAAUCAUAAUUACAACAUACUGAGGAACUGACGUUUUUGAGAGACCAAAUAUGAUCUAUGAAAAUGUUAGUCAAAUUAACGACAAAAAACUAAAAUUUAAUUUUGAAAUAUCAAUUUAUUAAGAAAUGAGAUACAACGAUGCAAAGACAAAAUUGGAUGUCUUUGUUUUGAGUUAGAUUUUUUUUUCAACCGGAAAAUCCAGAAUAGCGGUCAAAAAAUUCAUUGGACCUCCACAUAUUUAUACAUCGUCGGAUAGAUGUAUUCUUAACAAUUCUAGAAAUAAAAAAAGCACCCAAAUACAGCAAAGUUGUCAGAAAUUACAAGCAAUUUAAAAAUAAAAUUGUUUUUUGGGGCUUUUUUUAUUCGGAGCCAACUACAGACAACCUAGUAGAACAAAUUCACUUCCUUUGAAAAUAUUUAGAAACUAGAAAAAAUAACCUACACAAUGAAUCCAAUAUCAUAAAAAUCGGUCAACAUUUGCGGCCACGGGAAUAACAACAAAUUACAAGUCAAAUUUCCCCGAAACGCAGAUUUUGCGAACAGCUUUGGAAGGUUAAGGGGGGGGUAGGGUCUAACACUUUCAAAAAAUCGAUUUUUUUAUUUUUUUAUUUUCUUAUUGUAAAACAUUUCAAGAAUGUUGUGUCAAAUUUUCAAGUCAAUUGAAGCAAAACUGUAGAACUUACAGGCCUUUAUCUCCUCCUAUCUAAUACUGCAAGAAAGCAAAAGCAGAAACUUCAAACGCGUUUUUCUCGAAAGCACAUUUUUAAAGUCCGUGGACAUCGUCAUUUGAAAACUACUUAUCCGAUUCUUUUCAAAUUUGGAACAUAUUUUCUACAUAUAAAUUACCAGACCCCAACGUUUUUCUUUUUUGAUUUUUUUUAAUUUGGGGUGAUUUUAGAGGUGAAAAUGGCGGAUUUUUAAGUGAAAAAUCGUAGUUUUUACUUCAAACAGCCACAAAAAUUUCAUAAAAAUAUUUUUAAGUUAAAUAAAAACGUUGGGGUCCAGAAAAACAUCUAUUUAAAAUAUUUUGCUCUGAUUUUUUGACUUCAGACGAUUCUGUGCUGAGAUACAGUGUCCACCGCAAAUCCUGUUUUCUAAGAGGCAUCCUCGAAAAUGCUCCGUCACUGGCUCAUUUUUCAAUAUUUUUCUACGAAAAAAUUACUAAAUGUUCUUUUAACAAUGCUUUGUAUAAUGCAAAAAAUUUGAAUACAUUUGUUUGAACGAUAGCUCUAGAAAAAAAUCGUGAAAAUGGUGUUUUUUUAUACCCGUUAGACCCUACCCCCCCCCUUAAGCAAGCAAUAAAUUGGAACGGAUAUUUUGAGAACAACUUUGGAACGCUAAGUUCCCUUUUUUACGUAAAAACAUUGAUUUUUUAACUUUAAAAUCUUCAAAGAUGAAAUUUAAUUGAAGUUUCACAGUUACACAAGUAUUAGGAAUGAGAGCUAUAAAAGAUGUUGACAGAAGAAAAUGGUUCCGCUCAAGAUCAUAUUUUAGUUCCGCUCAAGAUCAGCGUGGUUCCGCUCAAGAUCAGAAUUCUUACUCCAGUAAAACAGCUCUAGAGUUAUUAGGAUUUACUCUAAAAUAUUCUAAACAUCAUCAUUAGAAAGAAGAAACCAAGAUCUAUCAGCUGAACUGAAAAUUUUUUUGUUCGGAUAUAACCCACAGCCAUACCGCUUGAUCAACUGUUUCGAGUUGCGUCGAAUUGAGCCAUUUAGUUCCGCUCAAGAUCAUUUACCCUAGGUAUAUUUCUCAACAACUUUGUUAUACGUCUCAUAUACAUUAUAGAAUAAUCGUAUGAAACUCGAAAAAAUAGCAUAGCACCAAAGUGGAUCAAUAUACGUACAUAUUUUCAACUUCUGGCUAAAACGAUAAGAGUUUACGAUUUGAGAGAUAUGUAUUUUUUUUUACAUUACAUUGCAUUUUAUUUACCAUUUUUUGUUUAACAAUUAGUAUUCUUACAAGUUAAGUGAUACCGCAUAAGAGCUUUUCAUUCUUCAGGUUAUUUUGAUUUUACUUUAAUGAUCUAGUUUUCUUUUCUUCACCUAAGUUUUAGUUUCCAAUUUGAGCUAUAUUGCUCUAUUCAUGUUUUUUUUUCUUGUACAAUUUGAGAGAUAUACGACACCAUAUGCAUAUAUACUGAAAGAAUGCUAGAGAGUACAAUUUUUUUCUCUCAAUGCGUACGAACUGUUGUCAGCGACAGAAUUCACUGCUUCGGUUAUUGGGCAAUUAUUGUCAAUACACUAUCUGUUUUUCAGCAAUCUAGUUGCACUGCUGGUCGCUGAGAGAACAACAAAGCUGUUCUCUCACUAGACCCGCGUAGAAGAAAGCAAAGGAACGAAAUCGUCUUCAAAAUCUGCAUUCCAGUAACAAUUUUUACGACCUUUUACUUGUGUUAAUUGGAAUUACGAUUCGCAGUAACGUUUUUAAUGACUUGAGUUAUCAUCUUAAUGCGAUUUUAUGUUUGCUGGGCUUCAGCAAUGGUACCUAAUCCAGUUCCUUACUACCCAUUUUUCAUCACCUUCGCAAAAAUCAGGCAAAAUAAGGCAUAUUUUAAAAAACCAGGGAAAUUUAAUGGCUUAUCAGGUUGUCAGACUGAGCCUCGAAAAAUCAGGCAAAUCAUGAAAAAUCAGGCACAUUGGCAUCUCUGCUCUUGGCUGAUAGGUCUUUCCGAGUCAGAAAUCUUCCUCCAUCGCCCUUUCUGUUUACACGCACACACCCGACGGCCGAACUACCGUAUCGUGAGCGGUCUGUGUCGUGUUCGUCAACUGGCCACGAAAAACUAUUAGUGAGACAGGGCGCGUGUCUCCCAUCCAGCCAGUCGUAUGAUAAGUCCACAGCUCUCAACACCUUCAAAUGCAGAUUACGAUCCUUAGUCCCACUAUGACGCUUGGUACGAACCUGCCGACCGAUAGUAUGCAUCUCACAGCAACGUUUCAGAACGCUGCAUACAGAGCAUUUUCAACAAUUUCCCGAUUUUUUAACCUGACAACGUCGGGCUUUUGACGGGGGUGUCCAAAAUUAACUUUUGUUCCGCGGCUUCCAUCACGUGUAUUUUUUUUUAAACGAAACGAAUUUUAAUAAAAUGUUCAGCACUGAUAGAGAAAACAUUUCAAAACAAAGUACUGUCAAAACUUUCUAGAUCCGACCACUAGGAGCGCUGUGGUAUAAUAUACAGUGCGUCCAGAUUUAAGAUAAACUAUGCUUUAACAGUAUUUUUUGCAUUUUUGAAUAUUUUAACGAACCACAUGCCCUAUCUGAGCAAGAAUGGACCAUGGGGAGGGGUUGGUUGACUCUAAUGCGUGAAUGAGAUUUUAAGCUUUUCUGCUUUACUGGUUUCUUCAUUAGUAAUUCUUUACUUCACCGGCCGAUUGCUUUUAAUGAAAAAAAAUCUUAAAGCCUAAAUUGAGACAAAUAUUUCACUCUAAAGCCUAGUCCACACUAGGAAACGGUUCGUCUAGAGACGGUCUCAGCGUCUCCCAUUUUCUUCGGGAGACACUGAGACUGUCUCAGGUUUCCAACAACAACAACAGACAACAAAGUUCGUCUCAUAACAAAAAUCGCAGUUCAUGUUGCCUAGUGUGGACUAGGCUUAAGACUGCAGAACGAUUGAACUUAAAACAAAAAAGUUAUUCUGGGUCAAAGAUUGUAAUUUGGCCCGAGAUUGCCGUAUAUAACGCAAUGCGUAAAAUGCACUCAUUGCGUGUUAGAAGACAAUUUGAUAUCAAAAUACAAUUUUGAACUGCAGUAACUUUGCUGUUUUCAUCAUAUGCAUUAUUCACCUUCAAUAUGCAAUAAAUGAGAUUUCAAAUUAAUGUUAUGCAGUCCAAGAUAUUUGAAUCCAAGUACAAAUACUUUUUAUUUUUUCAAAAAUUUCAUAUUUGGAUCAUAACUCAUUUGAAUGUCACUUUCGGAUUCAGCGCCCAAUUUAACAUUAUAAUUAUAGAUCGAUCAAUAAAGUUCACGAUUUUUAUUUUAAAUUUUGUAAACUAGUGUAACUUUGAAAAGCCAAAUGGGAGUCACAUUGUUAUACAGGAUGUUAAGAGGAGAAAAAAUGGGAGUGUAGCCGAAUCAGCAUUCAUGUACAUUAGACAGGCACGAAUUUGUAAUUUUGAAGCGUUUAACGUCUCUCUGUAUUGGUUGCAGAAAAUAUUUCAAAAUUUGUAAUGUACAAAUUCUCAAUGAAAAUUUUUUUUCCAUGAAACUAUGAAAGAUAGAACGUUUCAACACGAUAAAUAUAGGGAGUUUUGUAUAAAAAAUCACAUUAGAGGGAUACAAUUUUUUCAAUAGUAUGUAUUGUUUUUUCUUCUCAAAUUCCACUUUAAUCUUCCAAAGCUGCUCGGUCAAUAUUUGCGGUCAGAUUUGAAGGGAUAUUCUGCGAACAGCUUUGGAAGGUUUAGACAACGGAACAAAAUGAUAACAUCAAUGUGAUUUUGGAUUCAAUGGGUGAAUGGAUUCUUGGAGCAGAUUGCAAUUUUUGGCUCAGGAGAAAUUGUCUAUUUUUGAAUGUUGAAAUUCGUGUCGAUCUAAUGUGUAUAUUAUCGGGACAAUGAGGUAUUUUUGAGCGCUUUGGGCACUGAUUAUGCGCUCUCUUCAAAUGAUAUACAAAAUAUAACACCUGAAUUUUGAGAUUUUCUGAAAUCUGAAGUCCCAAUCCGAAAUCUAAAUCUGAAUCUGAAAUCUGAAUCUGAAAUCUGAAUCUGAAAUCUGAAUCUGAAAUCUGAAUCUGAAAUCUGAAUCUGAAAUCUGAAAUCUGAAAUCUGAAUCUGAAAUCUGAAUCUGAAAUCUGAAUCUGAAAUCUGAAUCUGAAAUCUGAAUCUGAAAUCUGAAUCUGAAAUCUGAAUCUGAAAUCUGAAUCUGAAAUCUGAAUCUGAAAUCUAAAUCUGAAAUCUGAAUCUGAAUCUGAAAUCUGAAUCUGAAAUCUGAAUCUGAAAUCUGAAUCUGAAAUCUGAAUCUGAAAUCUGAAUCUGAAUCUGAAAUCUGAAUCUGAAAUCUGAAUCUGAAAUCUGAAUCUGAAUCUGAAAUCUGAAUCUGAAAUCUGAAUCUGAAAUCUGAAUCUGAAAUCUGAAAUCUGAAUCUGAAAUCAGAAUCGGAAUGUGAAUUUUAAUACUAAAAUCUGAAUCUGAAAUAGAAAUAAGAAUCCUAAGAGUAUUUUAUUGAAACUAGUGGUGGCUCCUGAGAGUAGAAAAAAAAUAUUUUCUCAUUUUUUUCUAAACAAGCUUUACGACAUCUAGCUUUGUUCGUUGCUUCACUUUUAUGAAGUUAUUGGAAAAAUGGGAUUUUAUAUUCUUGACUGGAUUUUUUCACUUUAAAGAAAACAUUCAAUACCCUAAUAAAAAAUACAUUAUCCUUGAGUCUGAAUAUUAAACAUUUGUUGACAUGAGUGUUAUGAAAAAAAAUAUUAAAAUUAUCAAGCAAACCAGCGGAUAUGAUUGUGAAGCGUUUUUAAAUUAAAACUUACAAAAUAAAUCGCAUAGAAGCAAACACACAGAAAAAAAAUCUCAAUUCUGAAAAAAAAACACUAUUGUCAGUUCAGAAUAUCAUCCUGAAUAUUAAUUCAAUCAUUUUAAUUGAAAAGUUUAACUCUAAAUUUGGAUCGAAGACUUAGCUCAAUUCUAGAUUUAGCAUUUGAAUUUUGGACUAAAUUUUGAAUCUGAAUUUUGAUAAGGUCUGCUUCUGAUUCAGAAUUCCCAAUCAAUCUUAAAUUACAAUGAAAUAUUUAUUAUUUCAAGCAGCAUUGUUAUUUCCUAAAACCAUCAAAAAUACCUCAUUAAAUCUGAAGAAAAACGCCUAAUGACGUGUUGUAGGAUUAUAACUUUUCAACAAUAGUUCAUACAAAUGUAAUACACUGUAUUAUUGUUCAAGUUCGUAACACCGUUUGGCAGCACUGCCGCUGUUAGUCCAGUUAAGAAACCGAAGUGAUGCACUGCUGCCAAAUGUUAAUUAAAAUCAGUUAUAACCUUUGGAACAUACUACUGAUAGAAGAAUGCUAAUAAGAUUGCCCCCACCAUAUUGAACCACAGAUUUCAUGA